AUGCCUCGAGGGAACAAAAAAGUUGCAGAGCGUCGUCGAAAAGUAUGCACAUGCAAAGCUUUCAAUUGCGAAUCUGGCGUUUACUUGGACGCACAAGGCUUGUCACAACAAGGUGUCGAACUCAGCCCAGAGGCUUAUGAGGCUCAUCAACAAUCGGAAUUACGCAACAUCGCUCAAGCUGCAACAUCAGAUGCUUUUGAUGCACAUUCUUUCCAGGAUAUCAACCUUGGGUCAUUGUCACAAGACAAUCAUCUGGUCGAGAUUCUGCGUGAGUUGCGUGUAAGUCCAGCUUUGCAACCAAGCCCUUCUGGAUCAGGAGAAGCUGCGGAUGUGGCUCAAGUACCUGAUCGGUCUUCAAGAGAACAUCACGAGGAUGUUAUCCUGGAAAGCUCUUGCACGUGCCCCGCCAUAGACACUGCGAGGGAAUGUGGGAUCGAAUUUUACAAUACCACAAACUUUUUUACUUUUAAUUUGAGACAAGUCAAUCCUGUCUGUCUUCAUGUGGCUUUGACCACUGCGAUCAUCAGUAUAUUCGAACACGCCUCGAUGUUCACUGCUUCUUGGCUCUUGGAUGCCCAACGCAUCACAAUUGAGCUCGCUCUGACUCAUGGCCUUCUUCCAAACGUCUCACCAGGCCAACUUGAGCCCCUUCAAGUGAAAGUCUUGAAUCAGAUCCCUAGAACCGUCGACACUGUAAUUGGGUGGCUCAAGAUUGACCCGUGCCUACAAUUUGUAAACUGUUGCAAGGGAUGCUUCGCAAUGUACCCAUUAGCGUCCGCGCCUAAACGCUGCACCCAUCGUGUUGCAGAUCUCCCUGGAGCGCCUAGCAUAUCUGAAGAUCCGGAAGAUUCUGGUCGAUGA